UUUUUUGAUUUUUAUAUUUCUCUCAGACUAUGAUCGUCAUCGUCUACUUCUACGGAGUUCCAAUUCGACCCUAUUUUCCCGUUACCAAUCUAUCUUUGCGAAAUCUUUUUCUCCUAUUUCAUCACUGGAGAUGUACGGCAGCUCUUUUAUCUCCUGUUUUAUAUAAUCGUUGCUUUACCCUUUUAGGAUUCUGCUCGGUUUUGGGCGAAAAGAUCUUUCAUUUGCUGGUGCGUGUUAUUGUGUUCUUAGAAUUGUCGUCUAUUCAGUGAAACAAAUGGAUUUUCCCAUCUGGGUCGGCGAGAUUUUGGGUUUCAGCUAGUGGGUUUAGCUGUGGGAGAUCUGGGGCAUGGGAUGUUCUUGUGAAUUUGAUCCAAAAAUUGGUUCCUGUAGUCGGGUUUUUUGUUGCAAGACCUGAAAGGGAGGGAGGAUGAUGGAGGGGGGAAAAGAUGAGGAGAAGAUCAUGAGUCCUUUGUUUCCGAGGCUCCAUGUUAAUGAUAAAGAGAAAGGGGGGCCAAGGGCACCUCCGAGGAACAAGAUGGCCCUUUAUGAACAACUAAGUAUACCUUCUCAGAGGUUCAAUUCGCGUCUGCCGUCUCACAACGCUGGCAGCUUGGUUCCUUCAACGUCCUCGACUCAAGGUGGAGGCCAUGAAAGGAGUGUGCCUUCCCCUCUUCAAAUUCCUUCUGCCACACCUGUUCAUUUUGCUGAGAAGCUUCAUUCUUGCUCUUCUGAUGGGGUGAAUUUAAAUGUAUCGAUGGCAGUAUUUGAGCGGAAAUCCAUGAAAAAUGCAAAUUAUCAAACUUCCAAUGCUACAGGGUUCAUGCCAUCAACUCCUGAAUGCAAUUCCUUCCAUCCGUAUGACUACUCCAACUCGAGGAACUCUGGCCAAAAGCAACUUGGAGAUGAGGAUGAUGUAAGGGUUCCCACCUUUGUGCCCCCAGGUGUUGCUCCUUGUCCUAAUAUGGAUAUUCCCAGCAUGGAUGGAGAAAGACUCGCUCCCUUCUGCCCUACUGACCUGGGUCAUUCUACGGUUAACCCAGUGAAUAAUCUGCUGAAAUCUGCAGCUACAAGUAGCUAUCUGUUAAUCCCACCUCAGAAUGUUUGCAAUGAGCACUCAAAACGUUCUGAUACCACAGAUAUGAGGUCAAGACAACCAGUAAGAAACCACAUUGAGGACAACCUGAAAGGGUCUUUCACGAAUAGCGAGUGUACAGAAAUGCCUGCAUCCCACAAAUGGACUAGAGAAAAGGUUGCUGAUGCCUUAAAGGAUGCUUGUGGAUCUGCAAAUCCGGAACAUCAAAAUAGUCAACUGGGUGAUUUUGGAAGGGUCAAUGAUACUGGGGGAUGGGUACAACAGAAAUCCAGAGCUGGCUUGCUCCAAAACAACACUGUCUGUGGUGAUGGGAUUUCAGUUGAAUUCGUCGGAUUGGAAAAGGGAAAUAUUUCAAGGGUGAGAAGUGGACCCUGUUCCAGAGUAUCACCUGGAAAUUGCCGCCGACGUCCUGAUCAUGCUGAAUUUGGGAGUGAGUGCCAUGAAGACAAUUCAAAUAGGUCAUUACAAGUGAGAGAGGUGGAUAGAAAUGAUGAUGUCUCGGAGACCUCCAUGUUGGACUCUAUUUCAGGAUUAGAUAUAUCCCCUGAUGAUGUUGUUGGAGUGAUAGGACAGAAGCGUUUCUGGAAGGCAAGAAGAGAAAUUGUCAAUCAACAAAGGUUGUUUGCUGUUCAAGUAUUUGAGUUGCAUAGAUUGAUUAAGGUUCAGAGAUUGUUUGCUGGUUCACCGCAACUGUUGGUUGAAAAUAAUCAUUAUCUGGCUAAACCUUCUUUGAAGGUAUCUCCUAUGAAGAAGCUGCCAGCUGAGUAUGUUCUGAAACCACUGCAACAGAAUGUUAAGCAGAAAGAUGAUUCUCAAAAGCCAAACCAGAGUAUUGAAUGUGCAGCUGAGAAUGCAGUUGCGAAGCCCACUCUUCCUGCUCCAAACAAUGGUAUGAACCCACUUGUUAGUCAACAUUCAAGCUGUGGCCUUUAUCCUGGAAAUCCACCUGCAGCACCUGUUGUUACUGAUAAUAAAAUGGGUCCUUGGUGUUUCCAUCCACCUCCAGGGAAUCAAUGGUUGGUUCCCAUUCUCUCUCCUUCGGAAGGACUUCUCUACAAGCCAUAUACAGGGCCUUGUCCACCUACUGCUGGAUAUAUGGCUCCUAUUUAUGGAGGUUGUGGGCCUUUUAGCCUUCCUCCUGUGGCAGGGGACUUCAUGAAUCCUGCAUACGGAGUUAUGGCUACUCACCAACAUGGCAUAGGUGUUCUUCCUGGUGCUCCUCCAGUUGGUCCACCGUACUUCACUCCAUAUGGCAUCCCAGUCAUGAGCCCGGUUACAUCUGCCUCAGCUGUUGAUCAGGCAAGCCUGUUGGCUGGUCCACGGCCACAUGGGCUAGCAGAACAAUUAUCAACAGGGGAGGCAAAAUUCAACAUGCACCAAGAAAGCUCAUGCAACUAUUCAAACCAGAAGAGUGAAGCUGUUGCUAAUGGUGUUUGGAGGUUUAAGACAUCAAAAGAUAGUGAACUACAAGGGAGUACGGGAAGCAGUCCAUGUCAGAGGACACAAGGAGGGCCAGAUCAUGUAGCUGAAGGAAGUGAUCCUCUCCCACUUUUUGCUAUGGCUUCAGCUGUGCAGGUUCCGGAUGGCAAUCCUCAGGACCAUGGCAGUGAUCAGCAGACCCGGGUGAUCAGGGUUGUGCCACACAACCCCAGAUCUGCAACUGAGUCUGCAGCACGAAUUUUCCGAUCCAUACAGAAAGAGAGGCAGCAAUAUACUACAGUUUAGUUUUAAGUUACUCUGUUGUUGUAUCUUCAUCUUAAUUCCCUCGAUGCAAUGGUGAAUCAAACAACCAUAAAAAUAUUUUUAGCUGAUCCAACUUGAUUGUGUCUGAUCGUCUAUCAGUCCUUGUUUAGGUGCUUGAUAGUUUUAAUCGUUUCUGAUAUGAUGAUAUAUUAUUAUUUAAUUGUAAAUAUUACUUCUAAAAACACCAUUAAGAAAGGUGUAUGGUUUUUAUUUUUAAA